GUUACCAAGGUGGCCCGCGAGUUUUGCACGCAACGGUACGACGGCAAUAACGCGUCGCUGAUGUAUGUCCGCAUCCAAGUUGGGCAAGCGUCCUGCAGCGCUUUGCUGGAUAGCGGCGCAACUCGCAACUUCAUGAGUCAAGCCUUUAUGCAAAGGGCUGGCCUUGGCGCGCAGGUUCGGAGGAAGGCAAACCCGACAGCGAUCAAGUUGGCGGAUGGAAAGACGCAGCAACUUCUCGACCGUUACAUCGAAGCCGUACCGGUGUACUUCGCACCUCAUGCAUGCGAACCGGUCACGUUCGACAUCUUGGACACGGACUUCGACAUCAUUCUGGGAAUGCCUUGGCUUGCAAGUGCGGAUCACACGGUCAACUUCCACCAGCGGACUCUCACCGUUCGCGACGCCUUCGGAGCUGAGGUGCCGUGUACUAUUCCUCUUCCGCACCCUUCGAUCCGGUGCCAAGUCGUUACGUCAAAAUCGUUCCGGGCUACAUGUGCAUAUGAGCAACCCGACGAGAUAGGCCUAUUUCUCUUACGGACCGUCGCAGUAGCCGACUCUUCACCAUCGGACUUGUCUUCGGACCCCCGUGUGAUACGGUUGCUUGACGAGUUCGCCGACAUCUUCGAGUCACCUACCGGUGUGGUGUCGGAUCGGCCGAUCUCUCACGAAAUCAUUCUUGAGGCCGGUGUCGUGCCACCGAAUGGUUGCAUCUAUCAGAUGAGUGAGGAGGAACUGGAGGUCCUUCGCGCACAACUCGACGACUUACCGAACCGCGACAAGUGCGAAUUCGUCCAACAAGAGCUUGAGUACUUGGGCCAUUUCGUCACACCGGAGGGCAUCAGCCCGCUAUGGGAGAAAAUUCAAGUCAUCCAGGAGUGGUCGGAGCCGCGUAAUGUCACGGAUGUCCGUUCGUUUCUUGGUCUUGCCGGCUACUAUCAGCGCUUCAUCAAGGGCUAUUCGAAGAUCGCGGCCCACUUGACCAAGCUGCAAUGCGAGGAUCGGCCGUUUGACUUCGACGAGGAUGCGCGUGAAUCCUUUUUGGCUCUCAAAGCUGCACUUUUGUCGGUGGAGGUCUUGCGGAUCUACGACCCACUAUUGCCCACACGCGUCACUACUGAUGCGUCCGGCUAUGGUAUGGGCGUUGUCCUCGAGCAACACGAUGGCGUGGACUGGCACCCGGUCGAGUAUUUCAGCAAGAAGGUGCCUGUCGUGCACUCUAUUGACGAUGCGUGGAAGGAGUUAUUGGGCUUCGUACACGCAUUCAAGCGCUGGCAGCAUUUCCUUCUUGGUAGACGGCAAUUCCGAUGGGUAACGAACAACAAUCCGUUGGUCUUUUACAAGACCCAGGACACAAUCAACAACACUAUUGCCCGCUGGAUGACCUUCAUUGACCAGUUUGACUUCUUCCCCGAUCACAUUCCGGGCAAGUCAAACCGUUUUGCGGAUGCUCUAUCAUGGCGUCUAGACCAUUGCACUGCGGUCAACUCGACUUUUGAGAUUGAUGACGACUUGCGGGACAGUUUCAUCCGUGGCUACCAGGCCGACCCCGAGUUUUGCGACAAGUACGCUAAUUGUUCCUCACCCAAUCCGGCACCUUCUCAUUAUCGGAUCCAGGAGGGUUAUUUGUGUGUCCACUCGCGGGGGAAGGUUCUUCGCGUACCGAGUGACCCUCACUUGCGUACACGGCUUCUUGGCAAGUUCCACAAUGCCCCUGCCACCGGACAUUUUGGCGUGAAUCGAACGAUUGGUCGACUUAGCGAGCGAUUUUGGUGGCCCGGUCUUCUCGACGACGUCACACGCUACUGCGAGUCAUGCGAGAUUUGCCGACGUUGCAAAUACCGCAAUCAUCGUCUGUAUGGCGAGUUACGACCACUACUGGUUCCCUUGCGUCGACGGGAGGCGAUUGCCAUGGAUAUCACUGGGCCAUUCCCCAAGCACAAGACCGGUGUGGAUGGGAUUCUCACGAUAGUCGAUCGACUCACCAAGUUUGCCAUGUUUUUGCCUUGUCGCUAUAAUGCCAAGGCACCCGAAUUGGUCGAGAUCAUCAUCAGCAUGAUGGGAGAGAUGCUGCAACGGGAUGCGGCGAAAAUUGGGGCUGACAACAACAACAACAACAACAACAACAACAAUGACGAUGCCGGCAGCGACGACCAUGGCAACAGCAACAACAACUACAACAAUAACAACGACGACAGCGGGAGCGACGUCCACGGCAGCAGCAGGGUUGAGAGAGGUGUCCGGGCAUCUCAGAUCAUCAUCACAAUGAUGGGAGAGAUGCCGCAAGCGGACGUGGUGGGGAUUGGGGAUGCCAACAACAACAACAACAACGAUGAUGGCGGCAGCGACGACGGCGGCGGCAGCAACGACCACGGCAGCAGCGGGGAAGAGAGCAUCAGCAUGAUGGGAGAGUUGCCGCAUGCUGACGUGGUGGGGAUUGGGUUUGACACGGAUUAGAGGCUUACCAUCUCCCCCCUCUUCCCCCCUCUUCAACCCCGUUGUCUGGCUGAGGAUAGGAGUAGGAUAGUCGAUGUUGAUUGGUGUUGCCCGGCCAGCAAUAUCAAUCAAGAACGAGGUGCUGAUCGCCCCGUGGGAUGGAGGUGGGCUGGUAAGGGACUAGUAUGCAGGUGGUCAAUCCUUCCCUUGCGCAGGGAAGUAAUCAAUGCCCCUGCUCUCUUCGGACAAUGGGUAAUGGAAGCUGCACUCACCGUCCAGAUCAGACAGAUUACAUCAUUGAUAAGGAUCACACACAUCAUCAUCUCUUUGUUAGGGUUUUGGGUUAUUGCAUAAAGGACGCUGGACUCGACGUCCAGAUCACACAUAUUACAUCACUGAAAGAGAUUCGUCCUUAGUCUUGAUUGAUAAAGAUCAUACACGUCA